GAGCUCUGACUCUGAAGAAGCAUUUGAGACCCCAGAGUCCACUACACCAGUAAAGGCACCACCUUCACCUCCACAGCCACCCCCCGAGGCAGCGGCCGUAGCAGACCUAGCAGAACAAGAGAAAAAAAACCAGCUGCCCUCGGAAGACACAGGGCCAUGUCCAGAAACUGUACCCGUCACUGAUGUGUCACACAGCGAGUCGGCUGAGGAGAGCCCCUUCCGUCCCCCGUCCCAUUCCUUCUCCACCGUCUUCGAUGAGGACAAGCCCAUAGCCAGCAGUGGAACUUACAACUUGGACUUUGAUAACAUUGAGUUGGUCGAUUCUCUCCAUGCCUUAGGACCGAGCUCUCCAGAGCUGAAGAGCCGUGACCCCAAAGCGAAUGUUCGAAGGAAAUCCACGGAUUCAGUCCCCGUUUCCAAAUCCACCUUGUCUCGAUCUCUCAGCCUGCAAGCCAGUGAUUUUGAUGGGGCAUCUUACCUGGGCACCAGUGAGACGUUAGCACCGGCAGCAGAUGUGUAUGGUACUGGGUCAAGUAGUGCUUCUAGUACCCUUAAAAGAACAAAGAAAUCCAGACCGGCUUCCUUAAAAAAGAAGCAGACGGCAAAAAAAUCUCUGGAUGCUCCACCAGUGAAGGAGACACCACAAGAACCAUCUGACCUUGGCCAAGCAGCUUGUGCCCUGGGUGAGGAUAAAACAGUAUCUGAAGCAAAGGCUGAUCCAGUGAAGCCUGAAUGUACAGAACCUUCUAAAACCUCUGCUGAGAAACAGGAGGCCCCACCUGUGCCUGAGGGAUCCUACCCUUCAGAUCCAGACAGUUUUGAAGGGAUUAGUGCAUUUAGCACUGGAGGCAGCAAAGUGCAAAACUCUCCCCCUGCCACUAAGAAAACACUACCUCUUACCAAGGCACCAGAGGCUGUGGAGGUGACUCCCCCUGACACGGGAGGACAAGAGGACCCCCCGGUCAAAGGCAUUGCCGUGAGGCUGGAGUUUGAUUAUUCUGAAGAAAAAGGGGUGAGUGAAGACCAGCAGGAGAGCACUCCUCCUCCCAAAAAAGCAGGUAAAAAGCCCGGUGCUAAGAUGCCACUAAGGAGGCCAAAGACUAAAAAAUCAGUGGAAAAGCUUGACAAUGCUCCAACCACACCGACCAAGUCACCGCCUGAUCCAAACGAAAUCCCCAUCACAAAAGGCUCUUACACAUUUGACAUUGACAAGUGGGAUGAUCCCAAUUUUAACCCCUUCUCAUCUAGUACAAAAAUGCAAGAAUCGCCCAAACUGCCUCAACAAACGUACAGUUUUGAGCCAGACAUGUGUGAGGACUCUAUUGACCCUUUCAAGUCGUCUUCUAAGAUAGCCAGCUCACCCUCUAAAUCUCCAGCUUCCUUUGAGAUACCAGCCAGUGCCAAUGAAACAAAUGGAACUGAAGGAGACAACCUGAACAAACCUGCCAAAAAGAAGAAGACGCCACUAAAAACGGUGAAAAAAUCACCAAAAAGAUCCCCACUCUCUGAUCCUCCUUCUCAGGAUCCCACUCCACUGCCUACUCCAGAAACACCUCCUGUCAUAUCCACAGUGGUUCAUGCCACAGAUGAGGAGAAACUGGCAUCUUCAGUGACCAGCCAGAAAUGGACCUGCAUGACUGUGGACCUGAACACAGAUAAACAGGAUUACCCACAACCAUCUGACCUGUCUACGUUUGUAAAUGAGACUAAGUUCAGCUCUCCUACAGAGGAAUUGGAAUAUGGCAACUCAUAUGAAAUAGAAUAUAUGGAGAAAAUAGGUUCCUCUGUGCCUCAGGAUGACAGCACCCCGAAGAAACAAUCUUUAUACCUAGUGUUUGAUGCACAGCAGGAGAGCCCAGUCAAAUCCCCUCCCCUCAGACUGUCUGAUUCCACCACACCGUGCUCAGGGUCAAGCUUUGAAGACCCUGAAUCCCAGCAGUCCUCUGGAAUGAAAAUACAACAUCCAGCUUCCCGAGUCCUAGCUGCCAGCCAAGAGGCACACUUACAGUCUCCUGACAAGGCAAAGCAGAAAGACCUGGAGCCCAUGACCCUAGGAACAACUCCAGAGGCUAUUGAAAUAACAUCUCCUGAAGACUCCUUUGUCUCUGCUGAUGCUCUUCUCAAUAGGAUAUCUAAGAAAACCUCAAUAUGUGAUCAGCCUGAAUAUCUAGAUCCUGACUUAGCUGAAAAGAAUCCCCCAGUAUUUGCUCAGAAACUUCAGAGAGAACCUGCUAUCCCAGCAGAUGUGUCCAUCUCCAAAAGCACACUCUACUCCCGGCUGGGCGCCUCGGAUGCAGAAAGCCCCACGGGACUCCUCUACCCCCAGCAGGACCUGGACUCUGCACUGCGACUGGCCAGAGCAGAGAUUGUGGCCAAGGAAAGAGAAGUAUCUGAGUGGAAAGAGAAAUAUGAAGAAAGCAGAAGGGAAGUGAUGGAAAUGAGGAAAAUCGUGUCAGAAUAUGAGAAGACGAUUGCUCAGAUGAUAGGCAAGCCUGAGGAUGAGCAGAGAGAGAAAUCUGUCUCCCAUCACACCGUUCAGCAGCUCAUCGUGGAGAAGGAACAAGCUUUGGCAGAUCUGAACUCAGUGGAGAAGUCACUGGCAGAUCUUUUCAGGAGAUAUGAAAAAAUGAAAGAGGUGUUGGAGGGGUUUCGGAAGAAUGAAGAAGUGCUAAAGAAAUGUGCACAGGAAUAUUUAUCACGAGUAAAGAAGGAAGAGCAGAGGUAUCAAGCACUCAAAAUUCAUGCUGAGGAAAAACUGGACAGAGCCAAUGCUGAAAUUGCACAAGUGAGAGGCAAGGCCCAGCAGGAGCAAGCAGCCUAUCAGGCCAGCCUUCGGAAGGAGCAGCUCAAAGUGGACGCGUUGGAACGAACACUGGAACAGAAGAAUAAAGAGAUAGAAGAAUUAACAAAGAUUUGUGACGAACUGAUUGCCAAAAUGGGGAAAAGCUAACUUUGAACCAAAUUUCUGGACUUCGAUCCCGAGUGCAAUAUGACCAUUGGCACACUGAUGUCCAUACAUUUAUGUGGACAGGUUAUAUUUUCACUUUUUCGUAUGCACUACUGUAUUUUCUUUCUAAAUAAAGUUGAUUUAAUUGUAUGCAGUACUAAGACGACUAUCAGAAUUUCUUGCUAUUGUUUGCAUUUUCAUAGUAUAAUUCAUAGCAAGUUGAUCUCAAAGUUCCUGUAUCAGGGAGAUUGUCAAGUUCUCUAAGAAAUUACAAAUUGCUGAUCCUAGCCUUCCCUUUGUACAUGAGUUCCCAUGUUGGAUGUCUUUUGGAUUUAAUAUAAACAUGUAUUACUUGCAUGGGGACUCUUGCCUUAAGGAGUGUAAACUUUAUCUGCAUUUGCUGAUUUGUAAAAUAAAAUUUAAAAUGAAAAAAAAAAAAUGCAUGUCACAAAUGAAAUUCUCUAUUGUAAAUAAAUUUUUUCGUUGGAAGUUGA